AUGGUUUCUAGGUCAUCCUACUCCAACGGGGAGUCCCCAAUAACUCCGAGUUACCACCACGAGUUCACAUCGCAAUACGCACGUCCUUUCGCCCAGGUUACCCCAGUUUCAAGCUACCCCUACAUACCCCACAACGCCACGGCUCAAGAGCACGAGGCGUGCAGCGAUCGGAUUCGCGCUAUACGCGCUAGGAGCAAUAUAUAUACCCGUUCAAUCUACUCUGAAACCUCCAAGCCUGAAGUCUAUCGAGCCCGCCCCGAAACAAAUAUUAGUGGUAUUGAUACCUUAGCUGGAAGGUUGACUGUCUCAGAGUCUUUCACAGACACCCGCAUAUCUGGCGAAGAAUCCGAUAGUAGCGGGCCUUACACCCCACACGGGUCUGAACAUUCUCUUUGGAAGGACCUUAUUAAUGGCGUAGCAGAACCAGAGCUAGAUGGCCACUCCUACCUUCCAGAGACGAAAGCGUAUUCUGGGUCUCAGAAUUAUUACCCACCGGCUCCGCCUAUCAUACCUGAACAAGAGCGCAUGACAGAACUACCAUUCAACGACUUCACUACUCCCGCAUCAUCUACAGCGCACAAAGAGUUGGGUCAAGUGGUGUACGAAUUCCACACUCUUAUCUUAGGAUUCAAAUUUCCUUCAAAUCUGGAGUUUACGACUCCUGGCGCAGGGGAGCUCCCAAGGAUGAUGCUUACACCUACAAGCAAGCCGCUCCUUGAACAUAACCAUAAACUCGAAAAACUAUUAGAGAGGUUAGAUGCAAUUGAAUCCCACGGUAAUGAGGAAAUACAACGGAUGCGUAAGCAAGCCGUAGAACGAAUGCUCUCAGAGCUCGAUAGGUUAAAACGGAUGGAGUCAAUGGCAUUGUAUAACUUCAAUUAUGAGCGAGGUAUUAGUGCUUAA